CCUCUCACAGGUAUCGGUCACCCUGGGCUGCGGUAGAAGAAGAUGGCUCUUUGCCUUUUAGUUGUUCUGUUGAAAUAAAGAAGUACGGUGUUCUGGUCAACCUGAUCACUUAUCGUUAUUGAUAAUCUGUUUAUUUAGAAAUAGGGAAAAAUGAUCCUAACAGUGAAACCGCUUCAAGGGAAAGAAUGCAACGUACAGGUGACUGAAGACGACAAGGUCUCCACAGUGAAGGAACUGGUUUCAGAACGGCUCAACAUUCCUGCCAACCAGCAGAGGUUGCUCUACAAAGGGAAAGCUCUCGCAGACGAACAUAGUCUGAGUGACUACGCCAUUGGCCCGGACGCUAAGCUGAACCUGGUGGUGCGUCCGGCUGGGGAGCGGACCUCCACGGUGGGGAUGGCCGGCAGCAGCGGCAGCAGCGGUCCACAGGGCGGAGUGUGGCAGACGCUGUCCACCGUCCUGGCUAAGCACUUCAGCCCUGCGGACGCAGCCAAGGUCCACGAGCAGCUCAUCAAGGAUUAUGAGCGUUCAGUGCGACAACUCAGCCUGGACGACAUCGAGCGCCUGGCUGGCCGACUGCUCCACCCAGACAGCGAAGGCAUGGACACCUCCUACCUGGACUGAGAGGAGAACAGCGCUCCUGUCCUAUGUCAGUGGGGAGGUGCUCGGUGCUGAGGUGGGGUUGUAGGGGAACUGCCGUCAGACAGGCAUGGGGAUACUGUGACUGCAGAGAGACUGCAGAAAGUGUGGCACAAUCGACUUGAUUAGAUCGUUCAUCACAUCACAGAGCGUUUAUAUUCAAGUCUAAAUUACUUUAGAAAACAUGCCAUCCUUAUGUGAUCUGUUGUAUUUCUUUGUUCAGCUUUGAGGAUUCAAUGAAGAAAACCAAAAACAUGCAAUGUGUUUCUCUUCAACCUUUUCCCUUUAGUUCAGAGGGGACAGCCUCGUGUUGUAGGAUAUUUAUUUGUUUUUUCUGUGUUGGAUUAUUUCACGUGAACACUGUUUGAGAGGGUGAUGGUCUGCUUCUAUUUGUUUAUUAACUGGUGACAUUGUAUUAAUUGUAAAUAUCAUGUUUAUACGCAAACAUUAAAACAAUAGAAUAAUCGCU